AUGAAACACUGGCCUCUUGGACGCAUCAAGGAACAACUCGAUAGUCAGAAAUCGUCCAACCACCAGAUCAGCGCAGUUGUUCUUGCUGAAGGGAAGGCAGUUCUCGAACGUUUAGAAGUAUCCCUUCACAUGAUUGCAAUGGUUUCUCAUAUCGACGUCCUCACUUUGAAACGCUCUCUGGGCCUAAUCGGUGCGACACAUGCCGAUAAUCCUUGGCAUAGGUGGCUAAGUUUUGCUAACGAUGCCAACAAGCUACCAAUGCCAACUCGAGGACACCCAAAUUCAUCUGCCAUCCUGGCAGCUCGCAAUAAAGCCAACAGACGUGCUUAUAACGCGCUCACUGACAACCAACUUGCUGUGUUCGAAUCACCGAUGUUCUUUGCUCUCGGCGGUUAUCCUGAUUAUUCAGCCAUCUCUUUCUCGGACGACAACUCUGGCGAUCCCUCAGUUCUUAUUCCUGAAGUCCCCAAACUCAGUGAAGCAGAUGAGACUCUAUACCGGCCUAUCUACAAUAAACUGGUGAAUACAAAGAAAGUGGCCAGGGAUCGGGAGCUUAAUACAGCUGCGGCGUCUGCUGCUAAGGAGGAAAAGCGUUCUCUCCUGAGUUUUAAAAAGAUAGCGCAACAACUUGAACGUGAUCGUCAACAACUAGGAAUGGAUUACUAUAUCAUUGCAUGUAGUAAUAAUGGAGGAGUAGGAUGGUGCCGAGAACAUAGUAGCCCGGAGGAUAUUGUUCGGUGGGUUGGUGAUAAGGCACAAUUGCCGCGGGUUUUUCAACUUUAUUGUCAACACGGUUCGCUAUUUGAAGAUAUCCAAGCUGUUUCUGCUAAGACUGGUGGACUACCUGCACAGCAGGCAUCAAACAACCAAUCCGACAUUGAUAAGAGGGAACUGGGCGGAAUGCUAAACGAGCUUGUAUCGUCCUUCCUAGUGAAUCUGGUUGGAUCACACAAAUAUAAGCCGUUCCCUCGCACACCCAAUCCAAUUGCUUCCCUCAAAGAUCGGAAAAUGAAGGUUGAACGUGCCGCCGAUUCUGCCAUGUCGAUCGAAGACUUCAACAAAGGCUUCACCGCCAUGAAUGCCAAGACUCGUCGUAAGUGGAUCAAAGAUUUGAAAGAGGGCAAGUUUAAACUCUUGAGGGACAUCGAAGGCCAAUCGAGCGAAUGUGAACCUCAAAGCACCAAUCAAACUUCUGUAUCUCAACCUCAAAGCACCAAUCAAACUCGUCCAUCUGAAACUCAAACCACCAAUCAAACUCCUCCAUUUGAACCUCAAACCACUACUCAAAGUCGUACAUCUGAUCCUCAAGCCACCGGCAAUGCAACUCAUCCAUCUCAACCUCAAACCACAAAUGAAACUCGUCCAUCUGAACCUCCAACCGCCAACCAAUCUCGUUUAUCUGAAUCUGAUCAAACUCGUUUAUCUGAACCUCAAGCCUCUCAAGUCACCACAGGGUCGGGCCUAUCAGCUGAAGCUCAAACAAUUGUGAUAACUGCAGGCGUGGCUCAAGCGACUGGAAGCAACAGGGAGGCUACAUGUGAUGUUGCAUGA